CGAUUGCGGUUUGAGCGGCGGCGGCGGCGAGCUCGGGAGCCCCGUGGAACGUUGAAGCGCCGGGGAGGAAAACACCCCCCAUUGUGACGUCGCGUUCUUCGGAAGUGGAAAGUUUGUCCCAGCGUUCGAAAGGCGCGCCCGCUCGCCUUUGAUCUCCUUGGCUCGCUCGAGAGAAAAGAAGGGACCCCCCCCCUUCCUUCCCCCGCGGCCAGAGGAAGCGGCGUUUCUCCGGCUGCUACUUUUCUUUCCCCUUCUCCCGCUGCUUCUUCCAAGCCUUGUAUGGACUGUGGUGCUUGCCCGCAGCCAUGGGGAAGAUGCUAUCAAAGAUAUUCGGCAACAAAGAGAUGAGGAUCCUCAUGCUGGGUUUGGAUGCCGCCGGCAAGACCACCAUCCUCUACAAGCUGAAGCUGGGCCAGCCGGUGACCACCAUUCCCACGGUGGGCUUCAACGUGGAGACGGUGACCUACAAGAACGUCAAGUUCAAUGUGUGGGACGUCGGGGGGCAGGACAAGAUCCGCCCUCUGUGGAGACACUAUUACACCGGCACCCAGGGGCUGAUUUUCGUGGUGGACUGCGCCGACCGCGACCGGAUCGACGAAGGCCGGCAGGAGCUCCACCGCAUCAUCAACGACCGGGAGAUGCGAGACGCCAUCAUCCUCGUCUUUGCCAAUAAACAGGACCUCCCCGAUGCCAUGAAGCCCCACGAGAUCCAGGAGAAACUGGGCCUCACGCGCAUUAGGGACAGAAAUUGGUACGUCCAGCCGUCCUGCGCGACGUCGGGGGAAGGACUUUACGAAGGUUUAAUGUGGCUUACUUCCAACUACAAAUCAUAAUUCUAGGGCUAUAUAUCUAUAUCUAUAUAUAUAUAUAUAUAUAUAAUUUGCGCACGC